AUGCUGUGGUUGUUGCGAUAUCCAAGACCACCAUACAAAUGUAUUCACGAUCAAGGAGGCGAAUUCAUUGGCGAAGCCUUUCAAGCGAAACUUGCUACUUGGGGAAUCCAUGAUGGCGGAACCACUAGCAAGAAUGCGACUGCAAAUGCGAUCUGUGAACAAAUGCAUUUGACAGUGGCAAACAUUUUGCGAACCAGAUACAACAAUGCUGCUCCAAACUUUCAAGUCGCUGUUGAAGAAAUCAAGCGAGCUCUUGCUGCUUGCAAUCAUGCAAUGAGAUGUGCUGUAUCGACAGCAUUGAUGAACAAUACUCCUGGUGAGACUGUGUUUCAUUGUGACAUGCUACUAAACAUUCCUGUGAUUGUCGAUCUACUUUCUAUGCAGCAAAAGAGACAGUAA